AUGGCACUCCCAUCUACCCCUCAGUGCACCAAUGCCUUUUCCAACAUCAUUAAUGGGAAACCUCGAUCCAGCCCAAUCAUCCACAAUGCCAUCGACCCUUCGACAGGAAAUCCCCUCUGGGAUGUCCCAGUAGCUUCGAACGAGGAUCUCGAAGAUGCCGUGACAUCUGCCCGUGAAGCCUUCAAAUCAUGGUCCACUACGCCCUGGGAAGAGCGUCAGGCGUGUUUGCUGGAGCUGCGAAGGGUCCUGCUCUCCUACAAGGAGGAAAUGACCGAGUUGGUUAUGACUGAAGUUGGGAGACCGCAACAGUUUGCUGCUGCAGAGGUAGAUUUGUCCGCUGACUUCUUGUUGUGUAACGCUAACAGAUCAGCACAACAAAAACUCAUCCCGGAGGUCAUCCAAGAAGACACCAACCGCCUUCUAACCACCCACUACAAACCACGCGGUAUCAUCGCUGCCAUCAUUCCCUGGAACUUCCCUCUUCUGCAGGUCGUGGCCAAGAUCGCCGCCGCCCUCGUCACAGGAAACUGCGCCAUCGUCAAGCCGUCCCCAUUUACGCCGUAUUCCGCCUUGAAGCUGGCUGAGAUGGCCGUUCCAGUCUUCCCUCCUGGUGUCUUUCAGGCCCUGAACGGAGACGAAACCACCGGUCCAGCAAUGACAGCUCAUCCGGGUAUUGAUAAAGUAUCAUUCAGCAGGUCGACAGCGACAGGGAAAAAGGUACUCGCAUCCGCCAGCUCGACCUUGAAGGCAUGCACCCUUGAACUCGGAGGAAACGAUGCAGCAAUCAUCUAUCCAGAUGUGGUUAUCAAACACACUGCAGGACAGGUCAUCAUCGGGUCCCUGUAUAACAGCGGACAGUAUUGUCUCGCUAGUAAACGGAUUUACAUCCACGAGGAUAUUUACACUGAGUUUGUGCAGGCACUUGUGGACGCAGUCCGUGAAUGCAAAGUUGGUCCUGCAAAGGAAGAUGUCAUGCUGGGUCCGUUACAGAAUGAAAUGCAGUUCAAUAAAGUCAAGGAGAUCUGGGAAGACUGCAAGGAUCAUGGAUAUGCCUUUGCUCUCGAAGGUGGACCUCGUGCUGGUCCAGGGUAUUUCUUCGAUCCGGUCAUCGUUGAUAAUCCCCCAGAGACUUCGAGGAUUGCCACGGAAGAACAAUUCGGACCAAUUCUCCCUGUUUUUACCUGGUCGGACGAAGAAGACCUCAUCUCUCGAGUUAACAAUUCGGACAACGGACUCGGUGGUUCGGUUUGGUCUACGGAUAUUCCAAAAGCACGAGGAAUGGCUGGUCGCAUUGAAGCUGGAUCCGUAUGGAUCAACAGCUUCCCAAACCCUCUCCCACAGUGUCAUCUCGUUGGUUGGAAGAGCAGUGGCGUCGGUGGCGAAUGGGGUCUACAAGGCCUCAAGGCUUACUGCAAUGUGCAAGUCCAACACGAGUAUCGAUGAGAAGAUAAAUGAUCCAGAAAAUUCAGAUUGUAUGAUAUUGUAACAAAUUAAACCAAACAAUGCUAUGUCCAAUGAAAAUAUUUACAAGCGCUAUGUACUGAUGCGGCCGUAAUGGGCAGCAGAAGCAGAUGGAGAAUAGGCCAUCAGGCUAUCAUAAAUACCACUGCCGGUCGCGGUUAAUGUCUGCCCUGACCUGCCCGCGUGUUUAUUAUGCCUCCUUCCGGCUAUCUCACACUGACUCCGGUGUUCAUCCAGAGUCAGUUGCAACUGAAAGCGGCGCGUGCCUCCAUAAACCGGCCUUUCCUCCAUAGAGCUCCAGCCCCAUGGGGGAAUCGCGGAGGGUAUCAUUCAAU